GCGGUUAUCAAAUUAUUUGCUAAACAGAAAAUUGUGGCCUUUAUUUUCAGGUAAUAACUAACAACGCUAGUUAUUAGCAUAGUUCAGUUCUUAACCAACUUUAUAAAUUUGGCUGCCAAUCCAAACGCAUAUCGAGUGUAAACUUUGAAGCAAUACGAAGGAGGGUGACAAUAAAAUGCUGAUUAAUAGUCUUUAAAUGAUUUGAGAUUUCAGAGCAGUAAAAAAAAUUGUGGUUUAAUUAAUUGAGUAAUAUUCUCGAUACAAGCAACAGUAUAACUUGGACACAUGGGUACUAAAACUUAAAAACUGUUUUGUUGUUGGAAACAUGAUGAAGAAUUUAUUUGUGUUUGUGUUGUUGUUGGCUGUCCAAAAUGUAUCAACUCAAGGAUGUGAAGCGCCAUGUUUAUUCAUGACGGAUCUUUUUUCAUCCAUCAUUCAAUUGCCUUUAAGUGGAUCUACUGGCAUGCCAAGGAAGAACGCUCUUCCAAAACGAGUUGUAUCUUCGCGAGGCUUAACAACCGCAUUGGAGAUAGAUCCUAUUCAUCAGCAUAUCUACUGGGCCGAUUAUAUAUACAAAUCAAUUCACAGAAGUACCUUGGAUGGAAAAAAUAUCACGACAUUGUUCAAUUAUACAAUAGGUUACCCAUCAGGACUAGCUGUUGAUUGGUCUUCCAACAUCUUAUAUUGGGUUGAUAGAUUAAUGAAAACAAUCGAACUUUCUGACACAGAUGGAAAACAUCGAAAAGUAAUCUUUACCUUUACAAAUGGGUCGUCACCUAUGGGCUUAUGCGUCAAUUCAGUUGCAGGAUACUUAUUCUGGUCAGAUGUUGGCAACAAUCCAAAAAUUGAAAGGUCAACACUUGCUGGGAAAGAUCGCAAAACAAUAGUAAUUGGAAACAUGCGCUGGCCGAACGAUCUAGCAAUCGACUAUAACACCAAACGUCUCUACUGGUCGGAUUCUAUCAAGCAAACAAUUGAAUCUGUCGAUUUUAAUGGCGGGAAUAGACGCUUGAUAUUCAACACCAUAUCCCGUUCUGUUAGACGUCCCAUCAGCAUAUCAUUUUUCAUGGGACCCAAUGUGGCAUAUGUAACAGAUUUGUAUUCAGUUUAUCGUAUGGCAACACCAACAAGCAAUCGUACAUACAUAAGACUGCUGCAGAAGGCAGAUAUUCGCCAGAUAAGAAUUUUACAAAAUUUUACCUAUAAUGCUACAAUGCCAUGUUCAACAAAUCAGUGCUCUCAUCUCUGUUUGAAAGCAUCGAGAAAUACUCACAUGUGUGCAUGUCCAACUGGAAUGAAGCUAGCACCAAAUUCAUCCACAACUUGUGUUGACGAGGAAAGAAUGUAUGAAAUAUAUUUUGCUGACAGUCGCGCAAAAACUGUCAACCACUUGAUAAAGUACGAUUCUCAAGAUGGCUUUACAACGAAACCUAUUCCCGCUCCAACAAAAGAUCUUCAAUAUCCAGUCGGACUUGAUUAUGAUGCUUGGAGUAAAUUCAUCUAUUGGUCAGAUCAUCAAACUAAUAAGAUAUAUCGCAUGUAUGAAGAUGGUUCAAACUUCACAGAGAUUAUUUCAAAUGUGCGAAAACCCAGUGGAGUAGCUGUUGAUAAAAUAACAAAAACUUUAUAUUUUUUUGGCGAUGAUGGAAGAUCUCUGAUAGCAUCUUCGCUAAAUGGCACAUAUAACAAAACAUUAUUUUUUAAUGGCUUGCAGAAUCCAACUGAUAUAGUUCUUUAUGAAGAGAAGGGCUACAUAUUUUAUUCAGAUGAUGAAUUUGGGUACCUCAUGCGUAUUAAUACAGAUGGAUCAGGAUACAUUCGCUUGAGAGGUCGAAAACGGAAUAUAACUGCUAUUGCCAUUGACAAAAUUGAAAAUCGUGUUUAUUGGUGCGAAAAUGACCAAUAUAGCAUUGCAUCAACAGAUUUGAAUUUUAAUAACUUUAAAGUUGUUAUACAGAAAACUAUACUUUUAAAUGGAGUAUUUUACAUUCAAAGAAAUGUUGGAAAUGUGAUUGAUCCAUAUGGGAUCGCCAUUUUCGGUGAUAAAAUAUUUUGGACAGACACGUACAGAAGAGCCAUUUUUGCUGCUGAUAAACACAGUGGAGGUAACGUCAGGUAUGUGACUGGUGGACUUGAUCAUCCAAGAAGAAUACAUGUUUACAACGACAAACCUGUCAUAGAAUAUCGAAAAACAUAUCAAGUUUCUGUGAUGAUGAUAAAUAACAGAUCAAACAAUGCAUACUGUCAUAAUACUUCCAAAUGUUCACCAAGCAUGCUUAGUCAAAUCAGAGAACCUGCUCUUUGUCCUGUGGGGUAUAAGGAAACGAAUUAUGGUUCUUCAUGUGCAAAUUGCUCAGAUGCAGUAAGUGGUAGACUUCGAUGUUUCUGCACUGACUGGAAGACAUGUGCUCAAAGAGGUUAUUCAUUUGUCUUUGGUUGUCACAAGUCGAAUCCUUUCAUGCUUUUUAAAGUCAGAGAAUGCACUCAAGCUGUUCAUUUUGGAACAUGUAGAUAUAACUCAUCGGAAACAUGCCCAAGUAAUAAAACGAAUUGCAUGUCAGAUGGAGAUUGUGAAACAGAUCAAAAAUGCUGCAACUCAAGUUGUGGUUUUAAAUGCAUGCAGUCUAUUUAUCAAACAGAUCAUCCUUGCAGAAUAAACAAUGGAGGUUGCAGCCAUUUCUGCAUGAUCAUUGAGUCUGCACCAUAUUUUACUUGUGGCUGUCCAAAUAAUAUGGUCAUCAAUUCUACUGGAAAAAAUUGUGUGAACAGUACAAAAAACCUUAACAUGCGAUGUGAGUCUCCCUGUUUGUAUGUCCUCCGCAAAAAUUCAAUUCUACGUAUACCAUUAAAUGAUUCAACAGGAUUAGGAAAAGCAGAUGUACAACAGGUAUUGUCUUUUGAUGGGCAUGGAACUGCACUGGCCUUAGAUCCAAUAAACUCUUAUAUUUUUUGGAGUGAUAAAGAUCGUGUUGGAAUCUAUAGAAGUACAUAUGAUGGAAUGAAUAAAACAACUUUGCUUGACUAUGCUAUUGGUUCACCAUCUGCAAUUGCAGUUGAUUGGACUUCUAAUAAUCUCUAUUGGGCUGAUAAAUUGACAGAGACAAUAGAAGUUUCUACUACAAGUGGCAAACAUCGAAAAGUUUUAUUUAAAUUCACCAAUGGUAGAACUCCACAUGCGUUAUGUGUGAAUUCUAUAGAUGGGUAUCUAUUCUGGAUUAGUUAUGGGCCUCGUUAUUUAUCACCAAAGAUUGAACGCUCAACAUUGCAUGGUGGUCAACGUAUGGUAGUAGUAUCAUCACGUUUAAGAUGGCCAGAUGAUCUUUACAUUGACAAUGUAAACAAACGUUUAUUUUGGAUUGACUCUCAUCGUGGUAUCAUAGAGUCUUCAGAUUUUCAUGGAAAUUCUAGACAAGUUAAUAUUAAUAAAAAUAUUAAAACAGGCAUUGAAUUGAACAGUUUAUCAUACUUGCCUCAUCUUGGACGGGCUUACAUAGUCAAUCAGAAAACAAUGUACAGUGUAAAAAAUUCUGAUAGCAGUUCUAUACCAGUAAUAAAAAACCCAAACUACAUAGGAAGUUUUCAUCAACUGAGAAUGGCAUUAAAUAUUUCUCAAUACAACGUUACAAAGCCAUGUUCAACAAAUGAGUGCUCUCAUCUCUGUUUGAAAGCAUCCAGAGACAGUCAUAUGUGCGCUUGUCCAACUGGAAUGAAGCUAAAUUCAUCCACAACUUGUGUUGAAGAGAACAGAUUGUAUGAAAUAUAUUUUGCUGACAGUCGUGCAAAAACUGUUAAUCAUUUAAUAAAGUACCAGUCUCAAGAAGGCUUUACAACGAAACCUAUUCCUGCUCCAGAAAAAGAACUUCAAUAUCCAGUUGGAAUAGAUUAUGAUGCUUGGAGUAAAUACAUCUACUGGUCAGAUCAUCACACUAAAAUGAUUUAUCGCAUGUUAACUAAUGGAACUCAAUUUGAAUCUGUUCAGUCUGUUAAUGGAACAUUGCAUGGUUUAGCAUUUGAUAAAAUAUCAAAACUUUUAUACUGGUUUGACAAUUAUGGUAGAACCCUUAAAGUGUCAUCUUCAGAUGGCAGGUUUGUCAGAACACUUGUGGACUAUGCAAUAAAUAAUCCAACUGAUUUAAUAUUGUAUGAAGAAAAGGGCUUGCUAUUUUUUUCUGCUGCAGAAAUAAUUGUGCGUAUCAAUACAAAUGGUGAAAAUCGAAAAACAUAUACUUCAAAACUUCAGCAUGUAACAGGACUUGCUAUUGAUAAAUUUGAAGAUAGACUGUAUUUUUGCGAUCAAGGCUCUUAUAGUAUUAGAUCUACAGAUCUAAACUUCAGAGAUCAUAGAUUACUUAUUCAAAAGAGUGUAAACAUAUUUGGUAAAUUUUAUAUUGUUAGAAAUACUGGCAAUGUAAUUGAGCCUUUUGGUUUAGCUGUUCAACAAGACCAGGUAUUUUGGACAGACACAUACAGAAGAGCUAUCUUUGCUGCUGAUAAACACAGUGGAGAUAAUGUUACCUAUGUGACUGGUGGACUUGAUCAUCCAAGAAGAAUACAUGUUUAUAAUGACAUGCCUAUGACAGAUCUCAAGAAAAAACUAUAUCUCUUCUCAUUCUACUCAUUCUACUCACUGCGUGGUAUUGCAAUUUGCUUUCGAAGAAGUUGUCCCUCUAGUCUUUUAUUUUAUACAAGUAAUCCUGCUAAAUGUCCUAGAGGCUACCGUGAGAGCAGAUUGUCAUCCACAUGCUCUUCCUGCUCAGAUCCUGUUGGUGCAAACUUUCGUUGCCAGUGUACCAAUUGGAUGACCUGUGCUCAACGAGGCUAUUCUUCCGUCGUUGGUUGUAGUCCUGCAAGUCCUUUUAUGUUUUUUAUAGUUAGAGAGUGCAUUCAAGAUGUACACCUUGGUGUAUGUAAAUACAACACAUCCAGUAUUUGUCAGCAAAAUAACACAAAGGCGUGUAUAACUGAUGGAGAUUGUACAACUAAUGAAAAAUGUUGCAAAAGUCCCUGUGGAUUAAAAUGCGUAACUUCAAUUGCAACAACAGACCACCCAUGCACAAUAAAUAAUGGUGGAUGCAGUCACUUUUGUACUCUGAAAACAUCAUCUUAUCGUUGUAGUUGUCCUGACAAUAUGAUUAUUGAUAGGACAGGAAAGAACUGUAUAUUAAAAACAGCUGUGAAUGAGACAGAUGUCUGUGUUUUACCAAAACAUUAUGGACCCUGCCAUUCACUAUCAAAGAUAUACAGAUGGUAUUUUAAUAAUGCAACUGGAAAAUGCGAGAAGUUUGUUUAUGGAGGUUGUGGUGGAAACAGAAAUAAUUUUGCAACAAAAUAUCAAUGCCAACUUCGUUGCUCAGAUAAUGCCUGUUCAUAUCCAAAGGAUUCUGGCCAUUGUAUGGCAUAUUUUUUAAGAUGGUAUUACAAUGAAAAAACAAAAAGAUGUGAAACAUUUGCUUAUGGUGGAUGUGGUGGAAAUGCUAAUAGGUUUCUUACUAAAGAAAAGUGUGAGAGAAACUGCUCUCAACCAGCCGUAGCCACUACAGUUGUUGCAAGCACAGUUCCAUCUACUAAAAAAGAAUUAAGCACAACUGCACACAUACCAACAACUCAAUCUACAGCCCAAACAACAUGGAAAUCAACAACAAGUACAGCUCAGUAUACCACCAAAUUGCUAACUGAAUCAACUUCAACCACAACAGUUCUAAAAACAACAGAUCUAAAAACAACAGAUCAAUCUACAACAUUUCUAAAAACAACACAGGAACCUACAACAGUUCUAAAAACAACAAUAGAUUUAACAUCAAGUACAACCUUGCCAGCAUGUGAACAGAAUCAUUGUGAGAAUAAUGGAACUUGUAUUAAGUGCCCAAGUUGCCCAACAACAAAAUUUAGCUGUCGAUGCAAGGAGAAUUAUUAUGGUCAACGAUGUCAACUUUAUGCAGGAAAUGAUGUUGUUUCAGUGAAAUUUGGAAAAAAAACACACCAUGCCGUGUCAUCCAAUGAUCUGCGAAAAACUUUCGCAAAAUACAUGGCUCUGUUUUGCUUUAACAACACCUGUGUGUAUGAAUCAUCGACACAAAGAAAACGCAGAGAAUCUCCCGUUCCGAAUACAUUUCAAAGUACUGACAUGGUGGUUGAUAUUACAUUUGAAGAUGACAAAGAACUGGAUGUUAAACUUUUAGUUCUAAAACCAACUAUGGGAAAAGCAGUAGUUACUGGUUAUGUGAAAAAGAAAUCAACACAGCUUAUGUUGGAUACCUAUGGAAAUCAGAUAGCGAAUGAUCUCGGAUUGGCAUAUGGCAAGCUUCCAGCAAAUGAUAAACAAAAUGAGGACAAUGGAAAGAAAACAAAGACAGCUGUUCUAAUUGUGGUUUUGGUUUUUAUAAUUAUAAUCAUUGCUGUUUUAUUAUUCACGUAUUAUAAAUGCACUAGAAAAAAGCAAAAAGAACCAGCUGUCUCAUAUGGUGUUAACACAUUCAACAAUGAGUUAUACAAUGAUCUAAAUCAGGAGCACCCGGUGCAAGCAGCAGAGAAAAAUACUAGUUUUAGCAACCCUAUUUAUGAAAUUCCGGAGAAUGAUGCUGAAAUGGGAGCAGCUGCUGCAGACAAUCCCGUAAAUAGCUCUGUGAUAAAGCCAUCAAAUGAUAAAUGGGUACAAUUUGGUGAUGAAAAGAACAAGCCUGAUUCUUGGGUAGAAUUUGAUGAUGCUGAUGAAAAGAAGUUACCCAUUACAGAUUUUGUCGCUGCUGAACUUGAGCUUGGUGAUCCUUUCAACAUUGAACCACCAGAGUAUUCGUCUCGUGUUGGUACACCCAUGCCACAACACACUGAUAUACCAGCACGAGCAAUUUCUACAACUAGUCUUGGUCUUCCACCACGCUACAGUAGUAUUGGCACACCUGAAGUGGCAAGUAUCCACAACGAAAAUAACAAACCUGGAAAUCAAAAUAACGUUCAAGCGAAGACAAUAACUGUAUCAGAGAAUACUGAUUGCUAAAAAAAAUUAUUACCAGGACAAAAUUUUUAAACUGAUGUCGGUAUAUGCACAUAGAGUUGCACUUACGUUGUAAAUUAAUAUCCAGCAUUUUUAUAUUAUUAAAUAAUUUUUUGUGUAUGGUUAUUUUUAUUUUGUAAGAAAGAAUCUGAAAGCUGGUAUUUCAACAAAACAAACUUCUCAAAAUGAUCACGUUCUAACGAGCUUGUUCGUUUCUGUUAUUUCAUUUUAGUAGUUAAAACUAUAGAGGAAUUACUUAAUGUCAAUGAAUUUGGUUCUACGUUUUGGAUAUCAAUAUGUAUUCUUAAUACUUCUUCAUGACGCAACUUAAAGCUAUCUGGUUUAAUCUCAGUUUGUUGUGAGUCUUAACAGUUGACAAUUUAAAAAAAGUUAUUCAAUGAAGCAUUUACUUUUUUUGAACUUAAUCUUUUCUAUUUUUAAUAAAAAAUUUGUAAAGUUGAUCAAUUUCAAUUUUUGUAGUUUUGUAGCUGCAUUAUAGAAUAAAAAUAUUGGGAUGUAAUAUGUUUAAAUAAUUUCACAA